GUUUCAGGACCUUUUUUCAUACAUCAAACGGAGCUUUGGGGUAGUGUCCUUGUUCCUAGUAGCGAUGCCAGGAGCCCUUGGGAGCUUUGGGGUUUGAUGUUUUCAAUCAUUUGGGCAACUCGCUGUGCUGGUCUUCGGUUGUAUUGAUCUCCAGGGCUCUUGGUGGUCCAUGAAUCUUCCGAAGGAGUCGAAAGAACAACGGCCCAACUGAGUCUGUGUCUGCCGAAGAGAACGGCUUUUGUCCGUUCGUUUUUCGGUGCUGCUGUGCCUCCAAAAGGGUUACAAGGUGGAAGACAUGGAGUUCUUGUCCUUUGUAGCGAGCAUGCCGCAGCCCUCAAAAAGUCUUGGUCAGUGGUUUAGGCGAUGUUCAGGGAUCAGAUUGAAAUCCUUCUCUCCAACGAUGACUCUGGGUGCCUUUGUAUGUGUGUGUCAGUGUGUGUGUGUGCAAUUUCUUGUUGCGCUCUUCCACACUGAUGAAAGUGGUCAACAUCUUGGGGCUGUUGUGUGUGUGUGUUGCAGUGGGGUAGUGACAAACUUCAACAUUAAGGCAUUAGAAGUUACGAACACAGAGUGAUUGGUUAUUACACAGGUUGCACCAGAAGCACCCAGUCUUGUACGAAAUGACAUGAGCGGUGACCAGCUCGACGGCCAGGCCGGCCUUUGUUGCGCCUGGAAGGUGGUUGGCUGGCUUCGCCGCAAGCAGCACCAGGAGCUCUUCAGGGAAAGCGAGUUGAACCAGGUGGCGAGCCUUCCACAGGACCAUAACUUGCCGCCGGAGAUCUUCACAUGGGACAACGAGGGCCCCUUGCCACCUGAGGUCUUUGUACAUCACCCACGAAGUCCCACACAGGACGCGCCAGAUCUCAAGGGCGAGACCUUCGAGGUGGAUCCUGAUGAAGAUGAGAUUGAUGAGGUGAUGGAGGUCUCCCUGGGCAACCUGGGUCACUUCAACCCGGAUGAGAUGGAAGCGACGGAGCUGGAGAAGCCGGAGGACAACCUUUCAGGUUCGACGCCAGAUCAACCAGUGGGAAUGCAAGAGACCAGCAGUAAUUCUUCCUCGACAAUGCCACAGGAGCCCAGGGCGCUGCAUGCCCUGGUCACGGCAACGGAGGAGACGGUGAGUGAAGAAGUGGAGGAACUCGAAGAGAUCAACCUCGACCUGCACGUGGCGCGGUUUUGAGGUUGCCGCGUGAGAAGCAAGCAAAUGGCGGGAACCCGCUGCGGUUUCUCCGCGGCAGGGUGAUGACUUGGCAGGUGGCGCGGUCCAAUGAACUUCGCGCAUCAAUCUGUCAUGUCGUCUGUAGUAUGGCAUACCGCCACGGUGUGCCUUGAUGUCUGGGGUGUUCCGACUUUGGGUUCAUGACCA